GAUAGCGACGUCGGGGUCAAUGAAAACACACGGGGAGCCCGCGGGGAAGGAAGGCAGGCGAAGCGGAGGGAGUGCCGGGGCGCGGGAGGGAGCAGCCGGGGCGCGGAAACGCCAGCGGGGGGCCGGCCGCGGGUACGGUUUCGCCGCCGCCGCCGCCGCCGCCGAGGCUCGCCCGGGCAUGUCUGAGCCCGCGGCUCGCGGCGCCCGAGGUCCACGCGGCGGCCGCCGGCCCGGCCUCUAAGGGCCGCCACGUACGGGCGGCGCGCGGCCGAGGGGCUUGGGGCCGCCGGGGAGGGUCCGGCCGCCGGGAGCCGCCGCCAGGCCCCGCGCCUACCCCAUCGCCGCGGCGGCGCCGGGCCAGGAGGAUGCGCGGCGCCGGGCUCUGAGCAUGGAGGGGGUUCUGUACAAGUGGACCAACUAUCUCACAGGUUGGCAGCCUCGUUGGUUUGUUUUAGAUAAUGGAAUUCUGUCCUACUAUGAUUCACAAGAUGAUGUUUGCAAAGGGAGCAAAGGAAGUAUAAAGAUGGCAGUUUGUGAAAUUAAAGUCCAUUCAGCAGACAACACAAGAAUGGAAUUAAUCAUUCCAGGAGAGCAGCAUUUCUACAUGAAGGCAGUGAACGCAGCUGAAAGGCAGAGGUGGCUGGUUGCUCUGGGGAGCUCCAAAGCCUGUUUGACCGAUACUAGGACUAAAAAAGAAAAAGAAAUAAGUGAAACCAGUGAAUCUCUGAAAACCAAAAUGUCUGAACUUCGCCUCUACUGUGACCUUUUAAUGCAGCAAGUUCAUACAAUUCAAGAAUUUGUUCACCAUGAUGAGAAUCGUUCCUCGCCCAGCAUAGAGAACAUGAAUGAAGCCUCUUCCCUACUGAGUGCCACAUGUAAUACAUUCAUCACAACGCUUGAGGAAUGUGUGAAGAUAGCAAAUGCCAAGUUUAAACCUGAGAUGUUUCAGCUGUCCCAUCCGGAUCCCUUAGUUUCUCCUGUGUCACCUUCUCCUGUUCAAAUGAUGAAGCGUUCUGUCAGUCACCCUGGUUCUUGCAGUUCAGAAAGGAGUAGCCACUCUAUAAAAGAACCAGUGUCUACAUUUCACCGGCUCUCCCAGCGACGCCGAAGAACCUACUCAGAUACAGACUCUUGUAAUGAUAUUCCUCUUGAAGACCCAGAUAGGCCUGUUCUCUAUUCAAGAAAUACACUUAAUGGAGAUUUAGCAUCAGCAACCAUUCCUGAAGAAAGCAGACUUUUGGCCAAAAAAAAAUCUGAAUUGGAAGAUCCUAUUUCGUCCUUCUCUUCCUGAGGAAACAGAAGUGUCCAACUUCCUCUAAGUAUUGCUAUGCAAAAGCUGCUGUAAUUAAACUAUGUUAUAGGGAGUAGUUUUUCCCUUAGGAUUUCUCUGCACUUUAUAGAAUAUUGUAAAACAAACAAAAAACCCACAUACCUUUGAAGUGUAUUUUAUCUUUAUAUAGUUUAUUUGCAAGAGUAUUUUCCUAAUAACUUCACAGUAUGAAUGUGCAUCUUCUUUUCUUUUUAAACAAAUGAUGGUGUAACAUUUUGACAUCCAUGAGGACAAAUGUAGAUAUUUUUCUAAAAAACUGUGAGGGACUGACGGCUUAGUCAGUGUAUUGUAGCUUAUAAACAUGAAAUCUUAUAAACGUAAGAUUUCAGUUGUACAGAAGUGUGACAUAUGUAACUUGUGCCAUGGACCAAAUGGUCACUUUACCCAAGAUGAAACUGAGUUACCAUAGGAGCUUGAUGGUGAUUGUACUACAUUCCUUUAAGCAAAAAGGAAACAUUUAAUAGUCGAAAUAUUUUUAUCCCAAAUACCAUCACAUUGAGGGUUUUUACAAACCAGACUGUGCUGUCCUUCAUAUGUGAAGCUGACACUACUGAUUUGAAAAUACCAAAUGUUGGGUUAAAGUAUUUAAUUUUUAUUUAUUUAUUUUUCUGUUGCAUCAAAAAUGACCUACCAAAUUUAAGAUGUGUACACAUUGUUAUUUACACUGUUCGGGAAAAGAGGUUAAUGUUGUAGUGACCUUGUUCACUUUCACCAGAGAAAUAAACGACUUUCAAUGGAAGAGGAGUUUAGUGCUUUUUUCUUAAAGUAGACAUUAAGCUGCCGUUUUAAGAUAUAAAUGUUUGCAGCUCUUUAGAAUAUCUAGAGAUAUUUUUUAAUUUAUGCAUAUUUAUACAAAAAGGAAUUUUGUUAAGGUGACUGCUCUACAUCACUUGAGAAUGGCAUUAUUUAAUUAAAGAACAAACAGCAGUUUUGGUAGUUCCUGUCCAUAUCUAUUGUCAGUGUUUGCCUUGUGAACUGUUUUUUUAAAUUCACUUUGGAGUGAUAGUUUUGUCCAGGGUCUUGAAUGAGGAGCACUUUAAAACAAACUGGUUUGGUGUUUUUAAGUUAAUCAUGUGUUUAAUAAAUAUGUGGUUUUUGCAUUCAAAGUCAUCACAUAAUACAUUGUAUUUUUUUUUACAU